AUGGCCAACCUCGGAACGCCCAUCCGCCUCUUGCACGAGUCGCUCGGGCACGUAAUCACCCUCGAGCUCAAGACUGGCCAGGUCUACCGCGGCAAGCUGUACGACGCCGAGGACUCGCUCUCGGUCUCGCUCACCAACUGCACCGUCACCCACCGCGACGGCCGUGUCACCCAGCUCGACCAGGUCUACAUUCGCGGCGCGUCGGUGCGGUUCUACGUCGUGCCCGACAUGCUCUCGCAGGCUCCCAUGUUCAAGCGCGGCGUCGGCGCGACGGGCCUCAAGGGUCGCGGCAUUGGAAGCGCACGUGGCCGCGCGACCAUCAUGCGUGCGCAGAGUCGGCGGGGCGGUCCGGCGCGCGGCGGUGCGGGGCGUCCGCCUAUCCGUCGUUGA